AUGGCAUCGCCAAGAAGAGAAGAGCCAGAAGAUUUUGAGACGGAAAACGACAGUAGUGAUAGUGACUUUGAAUGCGACCUGGGAACGCCAAAACCAUUUAAUCAAGAUCAUUUAAACGACUUAAUUAGAGAUAGGGACUGUCAAAGUCAGCUUCAAAGAAGAAAAAUUUUUGGUUUCAAGGCUAAAAGAAAGAAAAUUGGUAACGAAAGAGAACAUAAUUUCCUCAAAUAUUUUGUUGAAGGAGACUAUUUCGUAUUUUGUAAAGAUGUACCUGGAUUGAUGGCUACAAUGGGAUUACAAAAUUAUGUUUCUAGUGGGUGGCGUUUAUUCAUAGACUCGUCAAAACGAAGUCUAAAAUGUGUUCUCUUACACAAUGGGAAUAAAUUAGAGUCGUUGCUUAUUGCACAUUCUACAAAAGUAUAA